CGGCCGCCGCAGCGGGGCCAUCUUCGGCGGAGCGAUGGCGCCGCGAGCGGUCGGGCCGCUGGUGCUGGCGCUGGGCGGCGCGGCGGCGGCGCUGGGCUCGGUGCUCUUCGUGCUCUGGCGGGCCUACCGCGGCCGGGAGCGGCGCUGCGAGCGGGGCGCGGCCGCGGCCGCCGCGGAGCCCGAGGGCCUCCCCGAGUGGGCCGAAUGGGCCCCCGAGGAGCGCGAGGAGGAGGAGGAGGAGGAGGAGGAGGAGGAGGAGGAGGCGGCGCUGGAGCAGCUGGAGCAGCGCGAGGUGCUGGUGCUGGGCCUGGACGGCGCGGGCAAGAGCACGUUCCUGCGCGUGCUGGCCGGGAAGCCGCCCCUCGAAGGCCACGUCCCCACCUGGGGCUUCAACUCCGUGCGGCUGCCCACCAGGAACUUCGAGGUGGACCUGCUCGAGAUCGGUGGCAGCCAGAACCUGCGCUUCUACUGGAAGGAGUUCGUGAGUGAGGUGGACGUGCUGGUGUUCAUGGUGGACUCGGCCGAUCGCUCUCGGCUGCCCUGGGCACGGCAGGAGCUGCACCGGCUGCUCGACAAGGACCCCGACCUGCCCGUCGUCAUCGUGGCCAACAAGCAGGACCUGAGAGGCGCCGUGAGCAUGGUGGAGCUGCAGCAGGAGCUGGGCCUGUAUGCGGUCGACAGCCAGCGGGAAGUGUUCCUCCUGGCGGCCAGCGUCGCUCCUGUAGGAUCUGGCUUCCAGAACCCCGGCACCGUGCACAUCUGGAAGCUGCUCCUGCAGCUGCUGUCCUAGGCCGGCGCCUCCCAGCCCCGAGGACCCCCUUUGCUGCUGCUCCUGCUUCUUCAUCUACCCUCCCACCCUCACCAGGCAGGGCCCCAAGCCAAGGAAGCCUUCCUGGUGAGGUGGCCUUGAGGUGAUAACGAGAGGUGGGAGACGAUGUCUGGCUCGCUCCAGGCUGGGUUCAGGAUCCUUGUUUCACCCCCUGGGCACCCUCCUCCUCCAGCUGCCUCUCCCUGCAUGCCUGAGAGCCCAGGGUCAGUGUAGUCAACAGUGACUGACCCCUGCUGGUGACUUGGCACACUCGUGUGUGGUCCACAUGAGCCCUUGCACCCUGUCCCAUGCUGUCCUGCAUCCCAGCUCUGUCCAGCUGCCUCAUGGCCUUGUGUAACCAACCCCCCAUCUGGCCCCAAGACCGUUUCUAAAGCGAGGUGUUUUCUUUCCCACCUGGGAGAUGCAUUUCCCAGCUCUGAAGAUGAACAGUGCCGGGACAGACCUGGAGAUGCUGGCACGGAACUCUGAGGAUACCUACCCUUCCCCCCACAAGCCAGCCCCUGACCGACAGAACGAGCGGUUCUCAACCCUGGUCAGAAAAGCCAGGACCUCCCAGCACAGUGAAGCUGGAAGCUGCAGCUUGGGCACUGGCUGCCGCCGCUGUGUUUACAAUCUGUGAAGGAAGCUUUGGAACUAUUUAUUUAUUUAUUUAUUUAUCUAUUUAUCGACAGAAGGAACAGGCCAGGGUCCAAGGUUCAGCUGCCAGGUGGUGUUAUCCAAACCCCAGAUGGUUGCCACGGAGACAGUAGUGCUCUGAGGAAACCCCCGGAGUCCUGCAUGGCUGUGAGCACUUGGGGUUUGGGUGAGACGACAUCGCCUGUGUCCACUCGGCCCAGUAUGUAGUAGGGCCUCCUGGGGAGUUAACAGGUGACUCUGGAAGUUUUGGUCCUGUGAACCCAGGUAGAACCAAGUGGGAAUUGGCUGACCAGCCGUCAGCAUAGCCUGUGGCCCAUGGCUCCACCCCUGAGGACCCCUGAACCCAGCUGAAGCACAGCCGGACAGAAUUUCUGCCAUCCUCUAUAUGUUGUGUGGCGCUCCUGUUUCCGGUGGCCAGCCAGUGUGAAGUCAGUCUCUGUUCACUUUUGUCUCUGGUGAAGGCCGAGAAGAAGCCUUCGGGCUGCCAGGCCAGGGAGGAGGUAGCUACCGCAGAUGGACUUUCAUUUACUCACUCUUAUUCUGCAGAAGAGCUGUCCCACUCGGUUGGCUUUUAUAACUGAGACUCGCGAGUCUGUGCCUUCACCCACCUCACAAUGCCCCAGUGUGUUCUGCGUGAACCCCAACGGAAGCCUUGUUCUCCAAGAUGCCGGGGAGCUCUCUGCAUCCGCAAGGGACUUGUCCGCUUGUGAUUGAUCUUUUGCCAAAGCACAACUCAGCUCUGGCUUCCUCUGGGGCCUUGUUUGAAAUGCUGAAGGAACUCUGGGUUGUAGCCUUUGAAACUUGACUGCCAGCUUUUUGUCCGUCCCUCUCCCCCACCCCCCACCCCCACACGCGGCAAGAAACUUCUGCCCUAAGUACUCCACUCUGCUGGCUAGGGCUUGACAGGCUGUCACUGGAACAAGGACCACUGAAGGGGAGAGUCUUUUCAAAUUAAGGUCUGCCCUUGGGCUAACGUGGCUCAUCACAGAGUAGUCCCUACAUCCCCAGGAGGACGUAAACUACAUCUAUUUGAAGAUCAGCCUUGGAGUGGAGAGGGGCUCACUGGGUGGGACAUGCCAGUCAGGGUGCUAGCAGUCAAGUGCCAAAUGUGCUUACCCGCUGUGGUUCUGGCCAAGACCAGAUCUGGAGGAGGGAGUAGGCCUUUCCUGAGACCAGCUAACUGCCUGCCCUGUGCUGCUUUUCCCAGUUGGUCCUGGGUGGAAAUUUGACUCAGAAGGCCAGUGUGAGGCCAAGCUAGUCUGGGGGAAGCUGUAAUACAGCCACCCCAAUUCUGUACCCCCUCCCCCCAGCAUGGGAACAAGGAGUCCUGGGGCCAGCAUUCUAGUCAGGAUGGUUGGAGGCACAGUUCUGAGAGCCUGUACUCACUCGUCACAGGAAGGGGUAGCUCCAUUCCUGCCAGACCCCCAUGGCUGGGUCCCUCACUGGAGACCACUCCUGUCAUCUCUGGCCUGUUGCUAAGCCUCUGAACAUGGGUACAUGGGCUUUUGGGCUACCGGUCCCAAGAGUUUCUGAUACCCAGGACUGCAUCCAACAUCCGCCCAGGCUCAGAUACUGAUCUCUGCUCUGGUCCAUUGGCUGGUGAAGUGCCAAACCCAUCGAUGACACCCCCCUGGCCUCAGCCUGUCACUCCUGGUGUGCUGCUAUUAGCUACUGCCAGCAUUUCAAAGCAGCUGCUAAGCUCCCCUCCCUGUCCCAACAAGUCCUCCCGCCUGCCCUGAGAGGGGGUUGGGGGGGGCUUUCCUGACUCUUCAUCUGCUGUUACCAGGAGAUGGGCCCCUGGGGAAGGAAAGGCCUUGCUGUCUCAGCCCAGGCCUGGGGCCCUGACCUGCUUCAUCUCGGGUCAGAGGCUACAUCAAAACAGCACAGGGGCUGUUUGAGGCGCACAAUAAAUGCCCACAACAAAGUG